AUGAACAACGAUCCGCGUCGUGGAAACGCUAUAAUUGCCGUUCGGGAAGAGAGGGCCAGGAUUGGAGGCGUUAAAGCAGUGAGACAAACAUAUGUAGCUGCUACAAAUGAAGGGUCAGUAUAAAAUCUUUUUUAACCUCGCUUGCAGGAGGCUUGGGCUAAUCAUGGUACGGCACGGUUCUUUAGACUACUGAAUCAACUCAACAUUAACACUUAUAAACUAAUGGUUUGAAAUCGAAUUUUGCUUCGCUGGAAAUUUUCUCAUGGUCAUUUUUGGUGGCUGAAUUUUUCUGCAAACAAAGCGGUAUUAGAAACGUACAUUGAUCGUAGUGGAAGCCGAAUUCUGCAAAAAGGCGGAAGUGACAUAAACACAAAACGUUUGCUGCGUAUUUGUUAUAAUAUCGAAGGUAUACUGUCUCAUUUUCAUCUUCAAAUCUUUCAUUUCAAGCUUACAUCCAAUGAAACAUCAAUAAAGAAACGUUUGAAUAGUAAAAUUACAAGAAUUCUGAGUACUGUAUUGAAGCAGUUCGUGCAAAGGUCACGUGACUUUGGACUCGUCUGAAGCCAAUUGUGUCACGUUUUCUUAAUUCAGUUUUGAUGCUGAUAGGGUGAAGUAUAAAUGUUACAUUUUAUUCUUAAAUUGAAGCGAAAGUGAACUGUGAUUAUUAAAGAAAUGUUAUCGCAAGGAACCCGAUAACAAGAAUCUUUUAUUUGUGAUUCUAAAUAUAAAGAGUGCAGUGGGACGAAAGAAACAUGACUCUACAGCUGAGACGCUUGUCGAGCCAACGAGUCUUCGUAAUUUCAGCUUUCUAAAUCCGCACAUAGCAGGAUUUCAGUUGGUUGGAAUUCCUUGCCCACCACCUUUUACUAUAAUAUUGUGAAAUGACUUUGAAAGGCGGCAGACCCAGCUAACUAGCUACUUAAGAGGUUUUUAAAAUUUAGUUAAUAAGAAUAUUUCUAUUUUUCUCCUUUCAGUGCUGUUGCAGUUCAAGUAGACACAGUGCAACCGACAGGGUAAAAUAGGAGGUUGAAUUCCUGAUUGUAAUAAAUAACUCUAAAAAUGGACAUAUUAAAUUCUGCAAACAGAAUACUGCAAUACUGAUCGUACUAGGUGAAAAUUAACUCUGCAAGAUAUCAACACGACACUGAAAGAACUCAAAACAGAGCGGGAUUGUAGCCAUAAACAGCUGUUUCGCCCUCUUUGGGGCUCGUCAGUGUAGCGUAACAACCAGAGAAAGCUCUGAUAAAAAAUAUCCGCGCACUCUGAGAACUCUCAACACCAACAGAAUCACGCCAUGCCACGUGUCUUCUGGGGCCAAGAGUCCAAGUGUCAAGUUGAUGUCUCGCAGAGAAAAUAAAGAAUUGGCCAAAAUCAACCUUAGACUGUUCACAGUCCCCUAUUUUUCGUAAGUUCGUUCAGAUAUGCCGCGUGUUACCGUCACGGGUAUCUUGAUUUUCAAAUGUACCGAGGGGGCAGGCGUCGAGGAUUAUAGUUUGACACUCAUGCAAGAUGGCAGCAAAGGCAAACGCAAAGCGCUCGAUCUCGAUGAUCUUACGGAAAAAUAGAGGACCGUGAACAGUCUAAAUCAACCUCUAAAACGUGGACAGAACCAUGCAAGAAUUACGGCAUAUCGGAUCUAUAAAAGAUCUACGGCCCCAGAAUAAAAAUAAUAAAAAAUGGAAUAUAGCAGUAACAAAAUACGUUUUGACGUCAUCUUAGAAUUUCCAAAAUUGGACACCAUUAAAAUAGAUAUAACGUAUCACUGAGGUAUGCAAUUUGAUCGAAGAUUUCUCUCUUUAUUGCUGGUUUUCACAUGACGUCACUAAAAUUCAAACUACAAAACUAACGAUCCUACUGAGAUUUUAGUUUCAUGGUGUAUUAGAGCAGCUGAAAACUAAUUUUCAAACAAAUUUUCGCUUCAAAAGGGUUCUUGAUUUUGUAAUAGAGUACGCUUGAAUUUCUAAGCUUUUGCGCGACGCAGCAUUUACAUGACGGCCGAGAGAGCUGUCAUUCAGGUUAAAAGAGUGACUUUUUUCGAGGAAUUUUGCUAUCUAAACAGUUCAAUGUAUUAGAAAAAGUAUUACUUUAAUGUGUAUGAGUUCCUCUCGGGGUAGAUACACGGUAUGUAGCAAAACUCGGUAACAGAUGUUUCUGUUGGUUUCCGUCCGCCAUGUUGGAGCUCAUCCUGAUGAGCUCCAGCAUGGCGUCUCCAUACAAACCUCUAUAAAUUUGGGUAAAACAUUUCCUCGGAUAUCUCGCAUCCGAAUUAAUCCUUGGACCCAAAUCUUGGCGAGGGUCUUUGUAUAUUUACCUCCUUUCAUUUCCCAGAUUCUGGACUUUAUCUGUCGAAUGGUUUUUAUUUUUAUUUUGAUCUAUUUUGAAUGCAUGGCGUACCACAGAAAACCAGUAAUAAGCACAGGGCCUAUAACUAGAUUUUAAAAUCAUGAUACUUCUAAGUGAUAUUUUGUGGACAAUAAUUCAUAGUACCAGGAGCCAUAAUGGGACAAGACUUCUGCAACUGACAUAAAAUCGCUGAUCUCGAUCAAGUGAUUACUGGUUUUAUCAUAUUAUUUUCAGUGGCUAUACUUACCGUCCAGCACUAGCACCUCCCCCACCAAGAUACCAGCCAAAUCCUGCCAUAACCUACAGAGAGGAGCCCAGCUGCACGGACUACUGUUGUCUAGCAUGCGACAGUGAAUAUGAAUGGUACAAGUUGGAAGGAAAGGGUAGGCCCUACAAUCCCGCUUAUAAUUAUGGAAAUUAUAGGACUAACUCUGAAACAGAAACAAGCUCGUCCGUCUAUCAGUCGGCCGGACGCUGGACUACGAGCGGGACGAGGUCGCGGGUUCGAUCCCCAGGGCCGGACCAGGAUUCAUGGCCUUAAAAUAACUGAGGAAGCGAAUGAUUACACCGUUACGUAGCCUGUUCCAGGUUCCAAUAUAGUAAUGACGCGCAUCCUGGUUUCCCUUGCGAGGUCCCUUCUAUAACUGAGAGCCUGGCACGGCAGGACACUUUUACGUCGCUUGGUUGACUUAACCUCCCAAGCAGGCGUUUUUAGGGGAGCUCGUCUUUCGUGGGGAGGGAUGAAAAACGAGCUCCCCUAAAAACGCCUGCGUGGGAAGCUAGGUUGACUAGGCCGGAGGUACCGUUUCUAGAGGGUCUCAAUGGGGUGGUAGCUUUGACGGUUGACGGUUAACGUGUCCAAUCUCGACGGCUGGCGGGUAAAUUUCAGAGCUUUUGAUGGUUGACGGUAAUAAAAUGGAAUUUUAAAACGUAAAUAUUUUAAUCUCUAGUCACGAGAUCCCAGUGAGCUUAGAUUGGCUAACACCAUCAUUCAUGGCCGAGCUCCUGGAAACAGAGGGCGGGGCAGACCACGUACAGAGAUGUUGGAUAAGAGACAUCUGUGAAUGGACACGGCAUACACCAUCGCAAGCUAUCAGGCUUGCUAAGAAGAGAGACUUAAGAAUAAUGCAGCAUUAGAGUGCGUCUACCGAUCCUGAGAGAUCUUUGGCGUAAAAGAAGAAAGAAGAAGAUGAAUUGAUAUUAACUGUUGUGUUGUGGAGCUUGUUUUGAUCUUAAAAAAUUUCGAAAUAUUUUCAGAUGUAAGGAAAUUCUAAGAUCUUGCAAUGUCUAGAAAGAAACGGUCUUUGAGAACAUGACAACUGGUUUUUCAAGUUAAGAAAUUCUUCAGGACCCAGAAUUCCGUAAAGAUCAGCUGAAAUAGUGAGAUUUGAAAUACUUUGAAACUUUUUGACGGGUGACGGUAAAAAGUAACCUUUUUUGAUGGUUGGUGGUUAAUUUUUAGGCCGUUUGACGGCUGACUGUAAAGAGCAGGAGACGCGGAGUAAGAAAAGUGCGGUCAAUAAAUACUUUCGUGAUGACUAAGUUGGGACUUAAUUGUUUUUUUGUUUUUUCCUAUUUUACAGGUUGUUGCUGGAUUCCUGUCCUUCUUCUGUUUUAUUUGAUCGUAGGAAUCAUCCUUCUUCCAUUUUUGAUUCUCUAUCUCGUAUGUUUGUGCGUCUGUUAUCCGCUGGGCUGCUGUAAGAAUAACGGCGACUCAGAUUUCGAUCGUCUAUUAGUUAGUUCCUAA